AUGCCGCCCUCGUUAUACGUCCCCAUCCUCAUCGCCGGGAUGCUCAUCACCGGCUCCAGCAACUCGCUAUGGAGCAAGUGGCAAGACAUGCAAUGUGUCGAGAACUGCAACGACACUAAUCCUGCGAGGCGCAUUCUCUAUGAGCAGCCAGUAUGGCAAACCUUACAGAUGUUCCUCGGAGAGAUGCUUUGCUUCCUUCCUGUCAUCUACUCCUGGUUUCGCGCCAGGCGUCAGUCCCAACACUUGGCUUUGCCUUCCGACACCGAAGAGGAGCCUGCCACUGGAGCGAAGGCCGAGAUCCCCCAUGCUCCUUUAGACGGCUGGAAGGUCUUGCUUAUGUGGUUUCCUGCAGCAUGCGACCUUACCGGCACCACGUUAAUGAACGUCGGUCUGCUCUACGCCCCGGUUUCGAUCUAUCAGAUGACACGAGGAGCUCUCGUCCUCUUCGUCGGUGUACUCUCCGUCAUCUUCCUACGUAGGCGUCUCUGGCUUUACCAAUGGGUAGCCCUUGUCACCGUAAUGGCAGGUGUUUCUCUCGUCGGCCUUAGCGGCUCUAUGAUCAAGGAUGCCGUCAAAGAGUCUAGUACCGGCAGCUUCGACAAGCUUCCCCCGCCAGAGCCUGUGGAGGAGCCUGAAGUUACCAAGGUCCUUGUCGGUGUAUUCUUCAUUGCGUUUGCCCAAAUCUUCACGGCCACCCAAUUCGUUGUUGAAGAGAAGAUAAUGGCUCGUUAUACUGUCGCCCCGCUGGUCGCCGUUGGUCUUGAGGGCUUCUUUGGAGCGCUCAGCAUCGUGCUCGCAAUGCCGCUUCUAGCGCGUUACUCGUCUGUUUCACCGUUCUUCGAUCUUCCGCGCGGCUGGCACCAGAUGAUUGACACGCCUUCGGUGCUCUGGUCCGGAGUAGUCAUCGCCUUUUCCAUCUCGUUCUUCAACUUCUUCGGUCUCAGCCUUACUCGGCACGUUUCCGCCACUGUGCGCAGCUUGACCGACACGUGCAGGACGAUUACCAUCUGGAUCGUCUCUCUCGGUCUCGGCUGGGAGGUACUCGUGUGGCCCAUCUCCCUGCUUCAAGUCACCGGCUUCGGACUGCUCGUAUACGGCACGUUCAUGUUUAACCACCUCGUAGCGCCCCCACGUUUCCUGCGCCCAGCCUCCGAGCGGACCGGCGCAGCGCCCGCCCCCGAUGACGGCGAGACGCAGACGCUGCUUGCUGAGGAAGCGCUUGAGGACACAGCCGUGCUUCCCUCGGAACUGGGUCGCACCGGCUUCGACGUCGUGCCCCCCGAAGAACACUCGAAUCAUGCCCACACCCAUGGCGUCUCCAGCCAGGCUGAAGGUGAGAUCAGAAUCUGAGUCCUGUAGGCUCGCGUCUGGUCUAUACACCACAUGUCUCCGUAGCUGGACUCUGGAGGCCAAUUUGAGGCUAUACGUAUGUGUUACACUUACGCAAUGCAAUUCAUCGUGGGACUCUACCUCUUCGUCGUCGUCGUCGUCUAUGGUAUAUCCUCGGAUGUUGUACAUUAUGCUCAAGCAACAGCAACUAUUCACACCGCCCAUAAUCUCC